AUGAUUUUUCUGCACAACUACAGGGAGGAGGGGAGUGGUACCUCGGUGAAGGUGGAGGGCCUCUCCAAGGCAGCUCUGAUUAAAAGCCUAUCUCCUAGAGUUAUGCUGUCCAACCGUCUCUUGCCAAAAGGGACCAAGAUGAAGGUGAACCUGGAGGAGCAUGGUCGUCAGAAAGUGUCCUUCAGCUUCUCUCAGACAAAGAAGCCGCUGCAAAGCUUGUUUAUCGUUCCUCCAAGCCCAGAAAAAUCUACUCCUGAACCGCCUUCUGCUUUGUCAGUUUCAACCUCACUCCCACAAGACAAAGCAAGGCAGAAUGCAGAAAGUAAAAUCGAGCAUAGACAGUCAUCCACAUUGGCAAUAUCAGUAGCAGAGACACCCUCUCCACAAGCAUCAGUGUCUUCAACCUCUAAAUCUAAAAUGGACCUUGGAAAAGUGCAUUUCAAGAAGCAAAUCCUCAGUGUCUCUGUUACUGAAGAAAAAACAUCACCCAACAUCGUGCCACAGCAGCCAAACAUUCCUGAUUUACAAGUUUUAUCUUCUGUUGAAGGUGGAACGGAACCCCCCACACCCCAGCCUCAGAAUAUUAUUGGUGACUGCCCCUCAGAGAGUGACCGCACAGCAGCCUCUGAGGUGAAGGUAACCCCUAGUCGCAAGCAGCUAACUGAUUCCUCAGGAAAAGAUGGAGAGACUUCCAGUAGCACUGAGCAGGAUAACAUGGUAUACAAAAGGAGAACCAGGUCCCAGGCUGAUAGCACUCCCCUCGCAGGCUCUGAAUCUGAUGGCGAUUCAUUCCAAAUGUCUUCCAGUCACAAGUCAGUUGAAUCCAAAUGUAAAACAAAGUCAGACAGUAGAAGCAUGGAGGCAAAAAAGUCUUCCUCUGGGUCAAGUGUCGAAGAAAAGGAGAAGAGCUCCUUCAAGCGCUCAGAAAACUGUGAAAGGUCGUCCAGUUACUCAAAAUCAGACCGUGAUUCCAGACACACAUCAUCACGUUCAUCUCGUUCUGACAAAGAUCGCAGAAGGUCCAGGUCACGAUCCAGAUCGAGGGGUUCUCGUACAGGUUCAUCACACUCCAGGUCAGAUAGAUGCAGAGGUGACAGGGGGUCACGCUCCGAUAGGUCAUAUUAUCAUGAUUCUGACAGACGGUCACACAGGAACUCUCCACGAAGAGAGAGGAGGGGCUCUCGCUCACAUACUGACAGAGCCCGUGACAGUUCUGACUCUGAAGAUGACCACAGGAAGAACCGGAUGAGGAUGAAUGAUUCCAGUAGAUCAUCCACUCAUUCGAGUUUGCAGAAAGACUUCAAAUCAUCUUCCCAUUCAAAAUCUGACAAAGAUUCCAAAUCUGUUGAUUCUCCUCACUCUUCAGAGAUGGAUAAAAGAACACAAGCCUCAAAGUCCGAGAGGGCUUCAAAGCGUAUUGCUGACUCCGAUUCUCAGUGGAAGAGCUCACCUGAACUUGAUUCUAACCACCGCAAAUUGAAUACCCAUCACAAGUCAGACAGCAGUGUUAAAGCCACUCAGUCAAGUCUGCAUACCCACUCUCAAACAUCUGAUAGAAGACGCCAGAAAAGCAGCUCCAGUGACUCUGAGGCAGAUCAUAAAGGGAAGUCACAGGUCUCUGACAGAAGCUCUGGCUCUGAGGGGACCUGUAAAUCCUCCCAAAAGAGAACCAGCAGGCCAGACUCAAAGCAGACUACCAACUGUAAGUCCUCUGGGAAAACCAGUGUAACUGAUAGACAAUCAAAGGACACAUUUCACAGUCCUAAUAAGAUACAAACAUAUUUAAGCCCCUCAGAAUCCCAGUCUCAGAAUGAAAAAGAGAAAUCCGAUUCCCAGCUAAACGAUACAUACAAGAGAAAAGAACAAGACAACAAGGAUUCACAGGAGAAAGAAUCAGCCCUUGGUAACAAUAUGCAAGAAUUAUCUGCCAAGAGUUUAACUGAAACAGGGUCAGGUCUUGAAAUUGACAAUGAAAAUUCUUUACAUGUAAAUUCUCAUGAUAUUUCCAGUGGAAGUCUAAAACAUGUAAAUGCUGUACAAGAAGACUUGGCCAUUGUAAAGGAAAACCCUUGUUCCAGCAGUCUACCACUUACUGAUUCCAGUGCAGCUGUGUUAAAUUCAUGCAGCAGUAAUGAUAGCAAAACAAACAGCCAGGACAAGCAGCCCACUGAAUGUCCACUUGAGCCAAAAAUGUUUCUUGCUUCAGAAGAUUUAAGUGUCAAAGACCACAUGCAGCAGAAGUCUAAGAUAGAGAAUAUUCAAUUGAAGAAAUAUGUGACUAUCAACAUACAGUCUUGUACAAACUCAUCUUUUAGGUCUAUUUUGUCACCCCUUGACCCUGAGAAUCAGAUUCAUAAGAGUGCACAGCAGAAUAUUGACUCGGUAAAGAAAAGUAGCAGCGGUACAAAAAAGUCCCGUUGGGAUAUUGUUGGGAAUGACACCUCAGACGGUGAUAAUUCACAGAAAUUGCCUUGUGCAGAGAGUAAACCAACUGUCAAAAAGGUGAUUUCAGUCAAAAAAAUUGAGUUCUCAAAAGAGGUUAGCCAACAAGAGCUGUCUGGAAUAAAAGAAGAUAUUCUACAAGAAGCAGAGUCACAUUCCAAGACUGUGAAACAGGCCGAGGUUACCAUGGAUAGCAGCUUAGAUAAUAUAUCCUGGAUGAAAUGUGCACACACAGACCAAAGUGAGCCUUCACAAGCAGACACAUGUGGCACCACCACUGACCACUCAGACCUGAAACCUCCUGUUGAUCCAAACAUGGUUGAGCUUCUUCAUGCACGUGAUACCUCUCAAGUAGACAAAGCUAAAAUAAUGCAAAAUUGGAAUGGUGACUGUCAAGAUGAAAAAUCAAGAGACAGUACUCAGAAAAGCAAACAGGGUAAAAGAAAGUUGCUGAGUCAAGAUGGAUCAGGAGGACAGAGUGAGGCCAGUGACAGUGAUGAAUCAGAGUAUGACUCUGAUUGUGAAGAGGCAAUUAAACGAUUACAUUCUGUGGUGGUCGUGCCAAAGAAUUCUUCUUUAACACUGGAUACACAGGACAUGGCUGCCUCUUCAUGCAGUCCAGUGAUUAGCUCAGAGCAGCAGCGUGCUAAUAACGCAUCUGACCUCAAUAUUAGUAAAUUUGCAGAUCAAGUUGGUACACAGCAAAGGCCUGAAAGACCCCCCACUGAAUGUGAGGAGACCAGAUGUGCUUCUGCAUAUGCUUCACUACAUGACAACACAAUGUGUCAAUCCCAGAGCAAUAUGAUUGAUAGCACUAGUCAUUCUGAGGGUCCCAGCUCUAUCAGUACCCAGCCUUACAAGGAUCCCUAUAAAAGUGCCCAUGAAAGACCAAAGAUUAGUGCACCAGUGAACCAGAGUCCUACCCACAGCCUUGAGAGUUCCCAGCAAUCUGAACAAGGACACAAGCAGCAUUAUGUAAUGGAUGGAAGGAGUCUCUCCAGUUACCAACACAGUGACUUCCUUGGGGUUGAUGAUUUCAGCGGUAAAAACGGAUUCAGCCUAGGUUGGGAUUUCUGUCCACCCGAGCAGCCCAGUAGUACAUACCAGCAGCCGGAUAGCAGCUAUGGGCCACAGUCACUGAACCCUAAACAGACAGGAAUUACUCUAGUGGGACAGGAGUACAGGCAUAGUAAUGCCUCAUGGACCCAUCAACCCCUGAUAAUGCAAACCAACAGGUCGCCAUACCUCCAUGUGCCUCAGCAUUACCAAGAUCCUGCAGGUCAAGUCCACCCUGACUCUCUCACUAAUGACCAUGAAGAUGACAGUGGAGAUAAAGCAUUAGGUCUCGAUAAAACUUCUGCUGAAUGCAAUGGACCUAACACUCUAGGAUCAUCGACAUUUGUCCAAGCUCAUGAGAUAAGCAGCAACAGCAGGGGCCCCGCAAACGAGAGCUCUUCCAUUCCUGACCCCGCCAGAGAGGACUACCUCAGACCUCAUAGAGGCAGGGGCCCACCUAAGAAACGGCGUCCAGAGAUUGAAUCAGAUUCAGACAAUGAGGCAGAGUCUGGGCCUGCAGGCAAAAGAGAGCGCCAAGGAGAAAGUGAUGUCCUAAAGGAACCUCCUGUUAAGGUUGAGGUGUACCACCCCUUACUCACCCUGAAAGACUUCCAAGAUGCCAAUAAAUGGAGAGAGAUGUCGAAGGCAAAAAAAAUGCCCCCUUAUUUUGACUUGAUCGAGGAGAAUCUGUAUCUUACCGAGCGAAAGAAAAGCAAAUCUCAUAGAGAUAUCAAGCGAAUGCAGUGUGAGUGCUCAGUGCUCGCAAGGGAAGAGCGGGCUCGUGGAGUAUUAGCUUGUGGAGAAGACUGUCUGAACCGACUGCUGAUGAUUGAGUGCUCAUCGCGGUGCCUGAAUGGAGUGUACUGCUCCAACCGACGCUUUCAGAUGAAACAGCAUGCAGACUUUGAGGUUAUCCUUACAGAAGACAAAGGCUGGGGACUAAGGGCAGCUAAAGACUUGACUCCAAACACCUUUGUUCUGGAAUAUUGUGGUGAAGUUUUGGAUCAUAAGGAGUUCAAAACAAGGGUCAAAGAGUAUGCUCGCAACAAGAACAUCCACUACUAUUUCAUGUCACUUAAGAACAAUGAGAUCAUUGAUGCAACACUGAAGGGUAACUGCUCUCGAUUCAUGAACCACAGCUGCGAGCCCAACUGUGAGACCCAAAAGUGGACAGUCAACGGCCAACUUCGAGUCGGGUUCUUCACCACCAAGGCCGUCGCUGCUGGGACAGAACUGACCUUUGAUUACCAGUUCCAAAGAUAUGGCAAAGAAGCUCAGAAGUGCUUCUGUGGCACACCCAGCUGCAGAGGCUUUCUCGGUGGGGAGAACAGAGUCAGUGUUCGGGCAGCUGGAGGGAAAAUGAAGAAAGAACGCAGUAGAAAGAAGGACACAGUGAGCGCUCUCACUACGGUAGAUGAGGAGUUGGAGGCACUGUUGGAGAAUGGAGAGGGCCUGUAUGAUGAGAAAGAGGUGGUGUCCCUCUGUAGAUUGAUGGUGCGAGUGGAGAACAUGGAACAGAAACUCAUCUGCCUCAAGCUGAUUCAAGAUACUCAAAAUCCAUCAUGCUUGAAGCAGUUUCUAGACCAUCACGGUUUGUCGCUGCUGUGGAUCUUCAUGGUGGAGCUUUCUGAAGCCAAGGGCAACAGUGCCAACAACAUCAAGCUCCAGUUUGAAAUUAUGAAGACCCUGUCUGUGCUGCCCAUUUCUACUAAGAACAUGCUGGAGGAGAGCAGAGUCCUGACCUUUAUUCAGCGAUGGGCCCAGACGCACACACUCCCCCAGCCCACGGAGAUGGACGGCUACUCUAGCGAGAACACGUCCCGCGCCCAAACACCUCUAAACACCCCUGAUGGUUCCUCCAACAAACUGGGACCGGAGCUGGACAGCGACACCCCCAAACGGGCUGUGUACCGCCGUCUCAAGAUCAUCAGUGAAAACAGUCUGGACAGUGAGCUCUCUGAUGGCAGCAAAGCAUCCGAUCGAAAGGAGGAGGACGAGGAAGAUGAUGAGGAGGAGGAAGAUGAAUCGUCGUGUGCCGGGCUGCCAGAGGACAAACAGGCGAAGGCAGACCCGUUGAGUGAGGCUGCAGCUCCAGUAAAGGAACCAACGGAGGAGCCAAUCAAUGAGGCACAGCAGGAGAAACAAGAAGAGGCAGAAACAAGUCAAAACAUUCAGCUCCAGCCUCACCAGGAGAAGGAGAAGGAUAAAACAGAGGAGCUGGAGGUAGAGACAGAGAACACAGAUGGAAAGGAGCAGAUAACUGAGGGGGCAAUGGAGACAAGCGAAGACCAGAACAAGGUCGGGGAGGAGCUGACCAGUCCCCCAGUGGAGGAGAAGGAAGGAGUGAAAGGAGAGCAGCCUAGCAUCAAAACCCAAGAGCCGGUGAGUCAGUGCUCCCAAACAGACACCCCAAAAGACACCGAGGCUCCAUCCCAGCAGCCAACAGAGCAUAAGGAGGCCCAAAUAGAGACAAAUGACAGUGAAAAGGGUCCGAGUGGCGUGGAGCCACCUGGUGAAUCAUCCACUGAUGUCCCUCCCAGCUCUGAGACCCCAGAGGCCAGCACAGGAUCUGAGGCCACAGUGGCCCCUCUGGACCCCUCAACGGUGGGGACUCCUUCACAGGAUGAGGAGGAAGGAGUGUCAGAUGUGGAGAGUGAGAGGAGCCAGGAGCCCCAACUCAACAUAAUGGACAUUAGUAGCAUGGCUGCUAGACUCUUAGACAGCUGGAAGGACCUGAAGGAGGUGUACAGGAUACCAAAGAAAAGCCAGGUGGAGAAGGAAACUAAUGAUCGCAGUCGGGAUCGAGACACACCGCAUGCCAACUCCAGCAGCCGGGAACGUGAGCGAGAGCGAGAGAAGGAGCGGGGACGUGAACGAGAUUAUGACAGAGACAGAGAUCGAGACUGGGACAGAGACAGGGACCGCGACCGAGGCUCAGAAAAAACCCCACGCAGCACGGAUCGACGAAGGAGACGCUCCGCCUCUCCGCCACCUUUGUCCUAUGAGAGGAGCAGCCGGCGUGUCGAGGAACGAUUCGAUCCGUCAAACAGCAGCAAGACGCCACGGGCCCUUGGCGGGAAGGAGCGUAACAAGCUGUCCACAGAGGAACGUAGGAAGCUGUUUGAGCAGGAGGUUGCUCAGCGGGAAGCUCAGAAACAGCAGCAGCUACAACAACAGCAGCAGCAGCAGCUCCAGUCUAUAGCUUAUGACCCCACUCUGGCCUACACCUCCAGCCCUGGCUUCAUCACCUACCCUCCAGGGUACCCCAUACAGACUUUUGUCGAUCCAACCAAUCCCAACGCAGGAAAAGUAUUGCUACCCACCCCUUCAGUAGAGCCUAUGGUUGGCACCCUCAGCUAUGAACAGACUCCUCCCCAGCCUCUAAUAUCAGAGCUUGGGUUGUCAUCCCCUUCCUCCACUUCCCAGGCUGCUCCAGUCUCCGGUCUUCCCCAGCACAUCCCCGCCAACCCUCUGGAACUCAACCCUGGCACUACCCAACAGUACACCCAGCCUGCUGUAGCACCUCAGGAUUCAGGGGUGGCUGUCCUCUCUGUCCCUGCCCAGACAGCCCCCCAGGUCCCAGGACAGCAGAGCUACGCCACCUUGUGGGACCCCACCAUGCAGCAGGCUGUGACUGUGCAGACCCAGCCAACGCAGCAGUACGCUGCAACGCCGGCACAGACCCAGACCCAGACAGCCAUCUACUACCAGGGCCAGCCCUGUCAGACCAUCUACAGCAUCCCCACCGCCUACCCUCAGGCCAACACUCCCGUCAUACAGGCAUACACCGAGCCCACUGCUAGCUACCUGCACGGUCAGCCAGUGUACACAGGCCACCAGCAAGGAGUGGUAGUGCAGCAAGGAGGCACAGUUACCACCAUUGUAACCUCCCAAACUGUCCAACAGGAAAUGAUUGUACCCAACAAUGUGAUAGACCUGCCUCCUCCGUCUCCACCCAAACCCAAAACCAUUGUUCUACCUCCUAGCUGGAAAGUGGCACGGGACCCUGAAGGCAAGAUUUACUACUACCACGUUGUAACCAGACAAACCCAGUGGGACCCCCCGACCUGGGAUGGGAGCAGUGACAAUGCUAGCGUGGACCAUGAAUCUGAGAUGGACCUAGGCACUCCCACCUAUGAUGAGAACCCUUCCAAGUUUUCCACCAAGACGGCCGAGGCGGACACCUCCAGUGAGCUAGCUAAGAAGAGCAAAGAGACCUUCCGGAAAGAGAUGUCCCAGUUCAUAGUGCAAUGUCUGAACCCCUACCGAAAGCCAGACUGCAAACUUGGACGCAUCAGCAACACGGACGACUUCAAACACCUGGCAAGAAAGCUAACUCACGGGGUCAUGAAUAAAGAGCUGAAGGCCUGCAAGAACCCGGAGGACCUCGAGUGCAACGAGAACGUGAAGCAUAAAACGAAGGAGUACAUCAAGAAGUACAUGCAGAGGUUCGGCUCUGUGUAUAGGCCCAAGGAAGACACAGAGGUGGACUAGCUCCCGCGGCCCCACGGAGGGGUCACACCUGCUUCGGGCCGAUGCUGGAGAAGAUACCCAGAUUUGCCUUCCUCCUCACGCCGUCGCGUAUGGAUCGACCAGCCCGAACUGUUUUGUCCCGUCAAGCCGAGGACGGGGGAGAUCGCUUCAUCUUGCAUAUUUAUGAUUAGGACUCAAAACUACUGCCCAGAAAUCUCUCCAGGCCCUCCGGUCCACAAAGGAGGACCCGAACUCGAGACUGUCGGUGGGACUGGUGUCAUGAGAGGACCUGAGAGUCCAGGCCAAGGUCGACUGGAGUCGACACCGAGGGGUGCUACAAAGACUAAUGGUUUUUCACUGUCAUAUUUGGUUUUUAGCAGUGUCUCAUUUGGCUGUUAAAUGUUUCCAAGUUGAUAACCUCAAUUUCUUCAUUUUAUUUUAUCCUUCUGAAACCUUUUAAACUCUUCCACCUCGGACUGGCAAGGAUUAACAAAAGGAAUCAACAAUGUGUGUUAGUUGUUCUUCAAAACUUUCCACUGUAAGAACUGCAUCAGUGUCAACAGAACAGGUCGUUCUUCUGUUUGUUUGGUAUUUUUAUUUUUCCUUUUCUUUUUUUUUUUUUUGUUUCCCCCCUCCCACCAUUGACUCUGUAUAUCUGGUGCUGCUUUAACCCGGGCGGUGGAGGUCCCAGCCUCCACUCCUCCACCCUGCCUUUAUAAACCACAAGACUUUGGAGCCGCCGUUGUUUUUAUGAAUGCAUGAUGUCCGCUGAGGUCGGAGCGGUAAGCCUAUGGAAGUUCACACAGUUCCCAAGCCUUCUCUCCCCAAAUUAUAUUUCUCAUCAAGGGGUUCGGAGUAUUUCACAGGAAGAGGUUAUCAGUUGUCGUUUAGUCGUUUGUAUUGAGCUUGUAUGUGUUAUAGAAUUACUGGUAAGCGGAUGAGU